ACUAGGCGCCGUGGUUGCUUAGGAGAGCGCAGCGCUCUUCCUCAGGUUUCUCUGUUGUGAUCGGUUGGCGCCGCAGACAUCUUCCGGGUCCCGCGCCUGCUGGCCUCCGACGCGGGGCUUGCCCUCUUUCCACCCGGCUCAAACUCUGUUACUAUUAGUUCGCACUGCACACUGAGUGAUGCUGUUACGGGGCUCUGGAACUGCGGGACCGUGGGGGUGGCUGACGCUGCUCCUAGUAGCUUGCGCGGCAUGGGCCUCCGAAAUCACUUUCGAGCUGCCUGACAACGCCAUACAGUGUUUUUACGAGGAGAUUGUCCAGGGUACUAAGUGCACCCUCGAGUUUCAGGUGAUCACUGGAGGUCAUUAUGAUGUUGACUGUCGGUUGGAAGGUCCUGAUGGUGCUGUAUUAUACAAAGAGAUGAAGAAACAAUAUGAUAGCUUCACAUUUACUGCAUCCAGAAAUGGAACAUACAAAUUCUGCUUUAGCAAUGAGUUCUCUACUUUCACACACAAAACUGUGUACUUUGAUUUCCAGGUUGGAGAAGAUCCACCACUGUUUCCUAGUGAGAACAGAGCAACUGCACUUACUCAGAUGGAGUCUGCGUGUGUUUCAAUUCAUGAAGCUCUGAAGUCUGUGAUUGAUUAUCAGACUCAUUUCCGGUUGAGAGAAGCACAAGGCCGCAGCAGAGCAGAGGAUUUAAACACAAGAGUAGCCUAUUGGUCAAUAGGGGAGGCAAUCAUUCUUCUUGUAGUUAGUAUUGGGCAGGUAUUUCUCCUCAAAAGCUUCUUCUCAGAUAAAAGAACCACAACAACCCGUGUUGCAUCAUAACUGGUAAUGAUAAUGCUUCAGGUCAUUGUGCUAUUCACUUGUGAAAUUACCAGUCUCCAAUUAAUUGUAAGUACAAGGAACUAUAUAUAUGAAACAUCUAAAUGUCUACCCCUCCUCAUUGAUUAAAAUUGCAAAACAUACCUCAGAAGUUAUGAAAGGGACACCCAAUUUGAAAUAUAGAGUAAACUUAAUGUUUUAUGAUACUUGUGUUAAAUAUCUGGCAAUGACCAGCCUCUCUUUGGUUUUGUUGAUUUGAAUCCAAAUUGGGUUUGACUUUACUGAUAUGAUUACCCAUCUGUGCUAUAAUACUUUAAAAGACUCCGCCAAUCUAGACUCUGAUGUGAAAGACAAUACUCAUGAAAAUUUGAUUUGACUUUCAUUUUUGGGCUGAAUGUAUUGUAUUAUAAACAAGCUAAUGUGAUGAACUGUAGUUGUGAGAUGUAUUGCACUGUUUUGAUUUGCUGUAACAAAAAAAAUCCAAUUAUAUCCUUUGCUUAUCUGUAAAACUGUUGCAAGCUUGAUACUACAUAAUGGUGCAAAUUCUCCACCUGCCUGGUAAAUCUCUACCUUCAAAACCUGCUAAAUUUUAUAAUUGAGUGUAUUUGCUUAAACAUACAAUUUUCUACGUUAAAAUAUAAUGCAUUUCCUUUUUUACAAUGUUUUACUAAACAACUUCUAAACUGAGACUAUUUAAGAAAUGUACUUUAUUCAAAAAUUUUAAAUCUCCAAGUUGUUUUUAAAAAUGCAAUAAAAUGGGGAAUAUUUUAACUUUGUUACUGAAGCUAUGCAAUCUCUGUACUUGUGCUGCUGCUUGUCACAUUUAAGACCAGAGAUAGUUUGUUUUUUAUCAAGCACUACAGCACCAGCACCAGUUAUAUUGCAUCCAUUAGGCACAUGCAAAGCUUUUAAUUAAAUUGUUUUCCUAUUAAGAAGCCAAUUUAAUACUAAUACUGCAUGGUGUGAGUGCUGUGUACUUUAUUUCCCUGUUUGGUGCACUGAUACAUUAUGACCUUGUGCAUGUAAUUGCUACUCUUUUCUGUUAGUGGUCAAAAAUGUUUUAAAUGUUUUGUGGUAUCUUUUUGGUAGAUUUGUAGCUGCAUUGCUUCCACUGCUCAUGUCUUUAGUUCAGGUAUUGUAAUAAAAUCUUGUUUUAUUUGGAUGUGGAAGAUAGUAAACGUAUUUACAUACAAGUAGCUUUAAUUGAGCUGGUCAAAAUAAGGAUAAACUUGUUCAGAUGGUUCUGGAGGAAUAAAUGAACUUGGACUCAUUUUUAAGUGCACACAAACAAAACUAAGAUAAAAAAAUUGAGUUACUAAUUCUAAUUAAAAAAUACUCCACUUAAACUAGUUUUCAGCAAGCAGAGAAAGAAUGCUAAAUUCUCAUUAAUUGCCUAUAUUAUUUUCCAUGAAAAAAUUGACAGGAUUUACACAUGUACUUGGACACUGAAUAAUCGAUCUAAGAUAACCUAAGAUGACUUUAAAAUGGUGUGGUAGUUAAAAAAAAAUACUCCUUAUCUCUACUGUAAACUGAUAAACUACCCUUUCAGAAUUGAAAAAAACAACUUUAAGAUUUAAAAAAUUAAUUAAAAGGUCACAGGGGUAUUAAAUAGCUUAAUAUUAUAUUCAGAAUAAUGUAUAAUGUCUUACUAUCUUGUACUGAACUUGCAGUAUUGCAGUUCCAUUUUUGAGGUACAAGCUUCCCUGAAAUUGUAACAAUCUCAAAGAUCAAAAACCAAAAACUAAUGCUCUCUUUUUAUGCCUGCACACAAUUUUCUUGAUUGUACCUAUAUGCUUUAACCUUAUGUUUCAGCAACUGAUCUUCAGGGUUUUUUUUUCAUUUCAUUACACAAAUGGUAAUGAAGGGUAAUUUAUCUGACACUAGCAAUUUAGGUGCUAGAGUCAGAUAAAAACAUGAUAUAAUUUUUAUAGUAUCCACUAUAAUCUUCUGAUGCCUGAAUAUCACUUGUUGAGUAGCUUUAAUCGCAAAAAAAACAUUUGUUUCAAAAACGGAAGUGGUUUCCACUAAGUCAUCUCUGUGUACUGUCAAAAUUAGUAAACAAUGGGGUAAACAAAGUAUUAUCUGACUGUCACAUACAUGUCUCUAAUUUUUUUUUAAACAUUUGAAUUUGUUGAAUGGGACUGUUUAGCUCAAUAUUAUUCCUGCUGAGGUUUAGUGGACUUGAAUUUUGCAUUGAAAUUAGGCAUGUGAACUAAACCUCUGGUAUAAUGCUGUAUCAUCUGCAGCAAUAGCUUAAAAAGGCCUUUAAUCUGGGGUUAUGAAAAACAUGCUACACAUUUGAAAAUUGUGUAUAUUUUUUAAAAGAAGUGAUUGGAUAGGAUAUAAUAAAACACAUACUACCACUUCAAUAUGGUGAAAAAAUCACAAAGCAUUUAUCUUUUUUUCUUUUUUUUAUUAUUUUUUUGCUAAAACUGCAUAUAUGAAAAGAAUAGUUCAGUUAGUGGUGUGAUAUGCAACUAAAUUGCCCUGUGUUAAAUGAGAUACAUCUGUGUUUGAAGUUGUGAAAGGUUUCAACUAUUCCUUUUGUGGUUUAUGUUUGCAUAAUUUUUCAUGUCCUGAAAUGUUAGUUGUUGUUUUAGUUUAAAGGGAGGGGGGGAAGUUUGAAUGAGACAAAAAGACCCUGUGAAUAUUGUAUGGGGAAAUACAAAUUAAUCAUAGAAUGGUUUGGGUUGGAAGGGACCUUAAAGAUCAUCUAUCUCCAACCCCCCUGGUAGGGCAGGGAACCUUCUACUAGACCAGGUUAUCCAGAGCCCCUUCCAGCCUGGCCUUGAACACUUCCUGGGAUGGGGCAUCCACAACCUCUCUGGGCAACCUGUUCCAGUGCCUCAUCACCCUCACAGUAGAGAAUUUCUUCCCAAUAUCUAAUCUAAACCUGCCCUCCUUCAGUUUAAAGUCAUUCCCCCUUGUCUCAUCACUGCAUGUCCUUGUAAAAAGUCCCUCUCCAGCCUACUUGUAGACUCACUUUAGGUGCUAGAAGGUGCUAUAAGGUCUCCCCGGAGCCUUCUCUUCUCCAGGCUGAACAGUCCCAGCUCUCUCAGCCUGUCUUCAUAGGAGAGGUGUUCCAGCCCUGCAAUCAUCUUGGUGGCCCUCCUCUGGACUUGUUCCAACAGGUCCACGUCUUUCUUGUGUUGGGGGCCCCAGAGCUGGAGGCAGUACUCCAGGUGGGGUCUCACUAGACCAGAGUAGAGAGGGAGAAUCACCUCCCUUGACCUGCUGGCUGUGCUGCUUUUGAUGCAGCCCAGGAUGUGGUUGGCUUCCUGGGCUGCAAGCGCACAUUGCCAAGACAUGUUGAGCUUCUCAUCCAUAAACACCCCCAUGUCUUUCUCCCCAGGGCUAGUCUUGAUCCAUUCUCCACCCAACCUGUACUUGUGCUUGGGAUUGCCCCAACCCAGGUGCAGGACCUUGCACUUGGCCUUGUUGAACUUCAUGAGGUUUCCACAAGCCCACCUCUCAAGCCUGUCCAGGUCCCUCUGGAUGCCAUCCCUUCCCUCUGGCAUGUUGAUUGCACCACACAGCCUGGUGUCAUCGGCAAACUUGCUGAGGGUACACUCAAUUCCACUGUCCAUGUCACCAAUGAAGAUGUUAAAAAGUGCUGGUCCCAAUACGCCACUUGUCACUGCUUUCCACUUGCACAUUGAGCUGUUGACUGCAACUCUUUGAGUGCAACCAUCCAGCCAAUUUUUUAUCCAGCGAGUGGUCCAUCCAUCUAAUCCACAUCUCUCCAGUUUAGAGACAAGGAUGCUUGUGCUUUGCACAAGUCUAGGUAGAUUACAUCAGUCGCUCUUCCCUCAUCCACCACUACUGUAACCCUGUUGUAGAAGGCCACCAGAUUUUUCAGGUGCAACUUGCCUGUAGUGAAGCCACGUUGGCUGUUAUCCACCCCCUCCUUAUUUUCCAUGUGCCUUAGCAUAGUUUCCAGGCGGAUCUGCUCCAUGACCUUGCCAGGCACUGAGGUGAGACUGACUGGCCUGUAGUUCCCUGAGUAUAAUAUAUAUUCACAUUCAUAUAAUAUAUGAAUGUAAUCGGAUUCACUUUGUGGAAGAAUAAUGCUUCUGAGUGUCGCAGGUAAAUUAUUAAGAGAAGUCAUCAUUGCGGGGUUAACUAAAAGGGUUUUACCAAUGAUUAAAUGAUGAUCAAAUGAUAAUUAAUCAAUUAUUGAAUGAAAAUUAGUUUGUAAUCAAGUGGUGAUUAAGCAAUAAUUGAAUGAUAAUUAAACAGUGAUUUAAAUGAUUAUUUGACUGAUAAUUAGAUGGCGGCCAAACACUCUACUUACUUACUACACUUCUAAUAAUUAAGUUAUAGCUGGAUAUAUAGACAUCAGUAGCAUACAAUAUACUUUUAGGCUUAAUGUAAAAUGUUGCUUAUCUUGUUCUAGAUAAUAAAUGCCUCGUAAGAGGUCUCUCAAACCCAAGGAGUAACCUUGAGAGGCAUCCUUGUUUAAGGGGGAGAUCAUCGCCAUGCAGCCUGCUGCCAUACAGGAGAGCUCAAGGGGGCUACAGAUAUUUAUAGUGUCAAGUGAUUGACUCAUAGUCAAAUCCCCUUUGGUGUAUGUGCAGGAGAACAGCAGUUGUAGUUUUGUCUAGUCCCAGCUCAGGCUGGCACUGUUAGCUCCUGAUAAGAUAUGGCCUAGGUUCAUUAUUGUGUUGUGCAUGCAAAAAUAUAUCUCCCAAAGAGCAGAUUAUAAUAAUAUAAAACUUCAUUUUCAAUCUUGGACAAAAUCAUUGUCUCCCCAAGGGAUAAUGACAUGGAUUUACCAAUUUUUGUUCCUACUCUUUCUUUUUGAUUAUAAGCCUAUGUUCAGUCUUCCUGUCUAAUGCUCGGAGCCUAUGCUGGCAUCAUUUCUUAAACUUCAAAAACCUCCUGGCAUCAUCUCAUAUAUGACACAUAUGGGUUGCAUUGCUUCUGUACAUCUCCUUGACCCCAGCAAGUAAGACAGAUUAGUCUAACUUCUGAUCAAUUUUUAACGAUAUAAGAAUUAGUCCAUCAACAUUAUAUCUGUAAUGAUAGGAGCAGUCCUUCUAAAACAAACCAGAAUUACCAAAUUUGGAGUUAAGUUUACAUUCCUGGGCCAGUCGUUUCAGGGACUGACUGAUCAUUGGAUGAAUUGUCCAUGUUUCAGAUGUGACUGCGAAUAAAAUGGAGUAAACUUGAAGUAAAUGUGAACAGAAUUAUUUGGAAGGGGAACUACUGCUCAUGGGAACAGAACAAAUCUCGGUAGCUAUACAUUAGUUCUGUUAACUAUAGUAUUAAUAGGAAGGCAUAUAAUUAGAGUACUGCAUGUUGCAAGGUUAUGCUGUUCAACAAAAGUGAAAUCUGUUUCAGUAUUGCCAAGAAAAAAAGAGAUUCCUGCCACUGUACAAAUGUAUUAGUCUAUGUAUGCAUGUCUACACACACCCACAGGCUUUCAGAUGAACAAGAACAGUUCAUCUAUCUUUUAUAUAUGUCAUAGAUAAUGUCAGACACUGUGGUUCUUUUAGUGUACUGUAUCUGUACAACCUAUAUGCAUUCCUCUUAAGAAGAAAUGUAUCAAAUUAGUACUAAACACGUUUAACAGGCCCUGGGUAUGGUGUGGAAAGGAAGCAAAUUACCAAGGAACAAAAUAGUGUUUUAUGUUUUUUGAGUAUGUUAAUGAACUGGGAGCACUUAAAUGAUAUAGAAAAUAGCCUUUUGAAUUUUGGUUUAUAAAUGUCAGUUGAAGAUACAAGGACUCCCUGAAACAACAUCUCAGCCUUGGCCAUAUUGAUCAACAUAACUGGAGGUCUGGAGACACACUAUAACGCUGCUGAUGCCUUUGAGAAAGCACGCAGGAUCACUCUCGAGGAG